UGAUAUGUCCCUUGGGUCUGAAAUUCAUUACUCUGCCAAUAUCGCAUUAAGUAAGAAACAGUUUGGAUACGCAUUUGGUUGUUCGGAAUCUUACCGUACUAAAAGAGAAUUAAAUAGGAUACAAAUGGCACGGAAAAGGUCGGUGAAGAAGUCGCUUGCAGAGAAGGAAAACCAAGAAGAAUCCUCCAAAUUGACGAUACCUUCCAUGAAGAAAGAUGGUCAAUCUGAACUAACGACAAAGGCAAAGAAAGCACUGAAUUCUAGAAAGCCUAGUCAAAACUUCAUUACGCGUACAGUAUGGACGCUAAUUAUGAUAGCAAUGUUUUUCUCAGUGCUGGCGAUGGGUCAUUUUUGGGUUGUUGUAUUGGUUACUUUGAUUCAAAUUGGCGUUUAUAAAGAAGUGAUUGCAAUUGCAAGUGUUCCAAGUCGUGAAAAGGAUUUACCUUGGACAAAAUUUGUCAACUGGUAUUUCCUAAUGACCACCUUGUACUAUGCCUAUGGUGAAAGUAUAUUCACCUAUUUCCACCAUCUGUUUGUAAAUGAUUCUUAUGUACUACCGCUAGUAUCCCAUCAUCGAUUUAUCUCCUUUAUGUUAUAUAUCAUGGGUUUCGUUUUGUUUGUCGCUUCUCUUCAAAAGGGCAAAUACAAGUUUCAGUUUUCUCAGUUUUGCUGGACCCAUAUGACAUUGCUUCUUGUUGUCGGACAGGCCCAUUUCAUCAUCAACAACAUUUUCGAAGGUCUUUUCUGGUUUUUUGUCCCUGUUUGCUAUGUUGUAUGUAACGAUGUCUUUGCUUACCUUUGUGGAAAGAUGUUUGGUAAGCAUCCUUUAAUUGAAGUUUCUCCUAAAAAAACCAUUGAAGGGUUCCUGGGUGGCUGGUUGUGUACAGUCGUUGUUGGGUCCUUGAUAACCUUUAUUUUGAUGCAGUUUGACUAUUUUAUUUGUCCCAGUAGAGAUCUUUCAACUUCAGUCUUUACUGGCUUAACUUGCACACCGAACUCUGUAUUUGUACCCCAUACCUACAGUGUUCCAACUUCUUUGGUGCAAUAUUUGCAUAUUCCCGAAGCUGUAACCUUUGCUCCCAUCUACUUCCACUUGGCAGUUUUUGCUACCUUCUCAAGCCUCGUUGCUCCUUUUGGUGGAUUCUUCGCUAGUGGUCUGAAAAGAGCAUUCAAAAUUAAAGACUUUGGUGAUUCUAUUCCUGGUCAUGGUGGCUUAACCGAUCGCGUUGACUGCCAGUUUUUGAACGGUGUUUUUGUUUACAUGUAUUUUCAAUCUUUUAUCGCCGAAAAAAAUUCUUCUACCUCUGAUAUUUUGGAUACUGCUAUAGCCACUUUAACAACGCCGGAACAAUUGCGACUCUUAGAAGAUUUUCAAAAUUAUUUGGUUGACCAGGGUAAAAUAACUGCUGAUGCCAUUUGUAAUAGAAUUCUUAAAGGGAAUCGUUAAAGAAUAUGCCUAACACUCUGCGUUUUUAUUUUAGUGCUUCUUCUCUAUCAUAUGCCUUCGCGUAUAUUAAUUCUUUCAGCUGUUGUACGUUUUUCUAUUGAAGGAGUAAUUGUGGUUACAAUGAAGCACGUCGAAAAGCUAUGUUUCUCUUUAUUUCACGGGCUUGGCUUGUUGUCCUUCGUUUGAUUUUCUACCAUUCUCCCCUUUUCUCAUGCUAUUGUCUAUAUCUAUGCAGGUAAUCCUUGUGUCUUACAUAUCAAGGGAAUCGUGAAUGGUGUAAUUUACUCUUUAAGAAUAAUUAUUGUUCAUAUUUCUUGUCCGUUCUUUUAGUCUUUUAUUAACAGGUGCACGCUAAUGGUAUUGUUUGUCUUUCUGCGUCGCGUCUCUAUGUUUAUACUUUUGUAUGUGUCUUCAUAACCGUGAUUUAAAGCUUUUUAUCAUCGCAGGUCUUGAGCAAGCCUGAAUACUAAUGCUUUUGCUCCGUAAAUUCUUUGUACUUACUCAAUCUUGACUGUUUGUCCUGGCCUAUGUUUAUAUUCAUAAAAGUCUACUUGUUUAUUAUUGAAGUGUGCAAUUAUUAAAUCAUAUUUGCAUUCGUUUUUCUUCGAUUAAUUUUAUUAUUCGGCUCAUUGACUAAUUUCUAAACAACGUAAAAUACCCUCACAUACAAUAUUAAUAAAAGAAAUAGAAUCAACAUGAACUAUCGA